UCACACUAAUAAUACAAGCCGGCAAAAAAGGAAGCUAAAAUUUUUGUUAAAACUUAAGCCUUAAAAACAUAGCAAAAAUGUCGUUCAAAGGCAAUCCCAAGGUGCAAAAGGUGAUGGUUCAGCCCAUCAACCUGAUCUUUCGCUACCUGCAGAACCGCUCCCGCGUCCAGGUCUGGCUCUACGAGAACAUCUCGCUGCGCAUCGAGGGCCACAUUGUGGGAUUCGACGAGUACAUGAACCUGGUGCUGGACGACGCCGAGGAAGUCUAUGUGAAGACGCGCCAACGCAAGAAUCUGGGCAGGAUAAUGCUCAAAGGCGAUAAUAUAACGCUCAUACAGAACGUGAAUCCCACAAAGGAUUAGGGCCAAGGACCCAAGAAUGCCAAGCCCCUCCACCUACGAUGGCUGCACGUCGUAAUUCUUAGGAUUAAUCAUAUAAAAAUAUGUAAAAGCCGAUUUCUAAAGAAAUUCUAAGGAAUGUACAUUCAUAUUAAUGUUAAAUACAACAGUGUCAGAGGAAUGUUCAUUCAAAUAAAAUGUAGACUUUUUGUGAACGAAA